AUGGCCGCCACCCGCUCGGUCGCGAGGCUGAUCGCCUACCGUCGGCCGACCCCCUUCGGUUUGCUGGGCUCAACCGCAAACUUCUCCUCCUCGACCUACCGCGCAGCAAGUCCAGCGGGACCCCCUCAGGCCGGGUUCCGCCUGCCCCCGCCCAAGCGCUGGGAUCAGGACUCCGAGUCCGCCUUAGACAAGGCUAGCAAAUACUUCCUCAUGGCUGAGAUCUUCCGCGGCAUGUACGUGGUGCUCGAGCAGUUUUUCAGACCACCUUACACCAUCUUCUACCCUUUCGAGAAGGGACCUAUCUCCCCCGUUUCCGUGGCGAACACGCUCUCCGUCGCUAUCCCACUGGCUAUUACUAUCGAAGCCGAGGAGCGUGAGGACGGAAGCCGCCGGACGACCCGUUAUGAUAUUGAUAUGACCAAGUGCAUUUACUGUGGCUACUGCCAGGAGAGCUGCCCUGUGGAUGCUAUUGUUGAGACUUCCAACGCCGAGUAUGCCACUGAGACUCGCGAGGAGCUUCUGUACAACAAGGAGAAGCUUCUCUCCAACGGUGACAAGUGGGAGCCUGAAAUUGCUGCUGCUGCUCGCGCAGAUGCUCCCUACCGAUAA